UGGUUUGAUUGAUGAGUGAAUCAUUUGUGGGGCGGAGGGACAGAGGAGGAACACAGGGGAAACAGGACGAAUGUGUGAUUGGAAAGCCUCUCUGGGUUUUUUGCAGAAAGAGGUUCUGAAUGUAACCUCAAAAAACAAAGACACCCACAUCAGAGAGAGAGAGAGAGAGAGAGAGAGAGAGAGAGAUGGAGUUAAAUUAAGAAACCCAUAAGAGGAAAGGCCACAAUUCUCUAAUAUUUUUGACCUCAAAUGCACAUGGCUUCCUAGAGUUCUCUACUCGCAACACAUUUUGUUUUUCCUUUCCCUCACAUGCUUCCCUCUCUCCGUCUCUAUCUCUGGAAUGCUUACCUUAGCUUAUUAUUUUCAUUGACUGCGAAGUGAUAACUUCAAGAGACAACUUCAGAUCUACAGUAAAAGCUGUUAGCUAUUCUCAGCCCAGGAACCCAAAUUCUUCUUCAGUGACUGUGUGCCGGAUUGAUCUUUGCCUCCUCUCGCUCAUAUGUACGUGAAGGUCCUUACAUGAUAUGGAACAUCUUGUGAAACCUCAUUGUAAUGUUUAUGCCUUCAGAUUUUUCCAUUGUAGCUCUGUUGACUGAAACCAAGUGCUACAGUGGGUUGAUCUGAUAUUUGCUGAUAUGCACAUUCUCAAGUACUAAACCAUGGAUUGCUAGCUUUUAAAGUUCAUCUGAAUUGCAGAAUUUAGAAUUGGAUGCAAUAUUUUAUGGUUUUAUAUUUUUCAUGGUUUGGGAGAUGGAGAGUGAUUCGCUUGAAGAAAUGGACAUUGAAGUCCUCCCAUCCAUGUGGCCUGAAGAUCUUGGAAAUGAAGCUGGAAAGAAAUUCAAUGUAGAUAAACCAGGAGUGGUUCAAGAUAUGCUAGAGGAGGUUACAAUCCCAGAAGAGCCUACUAUAGUUGAUUUCAUGCGUCUUUCAGAGUUAACCAAUUAUAGUGAGAAGGGAUCCUCUCAAUUGAAUUACCUGGUCAAACACUGGGAGUAUAAGCAGGCAAAUGCUGUUCGCCUUCUGAGAGAAGAGCUUGACAACCUAAGCAAACAAAGGCUGGAAGUUGAGCUCAAGAAAAGGGAAAUAUUGGAGCAACAUCGUUUUGAGGAUGAAAGUUGCGGUGAUAAGCGUUUAAUUUCUAUACUGGAUGACGUUUUGGAUAUAUGGCAAGAUGCCCCUAGGAGGAAAAAUCAUGUAGUUGUCCAAAACAAAAGACUUGAAAUAGAUGCUGAGUAUGACACUGUCAUAUACUGGAAACAAAGGUCCAUGCACUUAGAGAAAUUGUUGGAGGCAAGUGUCCAGAGAGAGCAGAUGCUAAUAGAAAAGCUGGAGGAAAGCAUAAAAAAUCUGGAAAAGCAAUCAUCACCUGUGGAUGAGCUGUCUCAAAUUCUGAAAAGAGCUGAUAAUUUCUUACAUUUUAUUCUUCAGACGGCACCAGUUGUCAUUGGCCAUCAGGAUAAAGAAUUGCGGUAUCGCUUUAUCUAUAACCAUUUCCCAAGUUUGCAAGAAGAGGAAAUUAUAGGAAAAACAGAUUUGGAGAUUUUUACUGGUGCUGGUGUUAAGGAAUCCCAUGAUUUCAAGAAAGAAGUCUUGGAACGAGGAAUACCUGCAAAAAGGGAAAUUACAUUCGAGACAGAAUUAUUUGGGUUAAAGACAUUCCUGAUAUAUGUGGAACCUGUCUUCAGCAAGGCAGGGGACACAAUAGGCGUGAAUUAUAUGGGAAUGGAGAUUACUGAUCAGGUGAGAAAAAGAGAGAAGAUGGCAAAGCUUCGAGAGGAGAUAGCUGUUCAAAAAGCCAAGGAAACGGAACUUAACAAAACCAUCCACAUAACAGAGGAAACAAUGCGAGCAAAACAAAUGCUGGCAACCAUGUCCCAUGAGAUAAGAUCUCCUCUAUCUGGGGUUGUUAGCAUGGCUGAGAUUCUUGCCACCACAAAACUUGAUCGGGAACAACGGCAGCUGUUGGAUGUUAUGCUGUCAUCAGGAGAUUUGGUCCUUCAACUCAUUAAUGACAUUCUUGAUCUUUCCAAGGUUGAAUCAGGAGUUAUGAAGUUGGAGGCUGCGAAAUUCCGGCCUAGAGAAGUAAUCAAGCACGUACUCCAGACUGCUGCUGCAUCGUUGAAAAAGAUACUGAUCCUGGAAGGGCAGGUAGCAGAGGAUGUUCCUGUGGAGGUAAUUGGAGAUGUUCUAAGAAUUCGACAGAUUCUCACAAAUUUGAUCAGCAAUGCUAUCAAAUUUACCCAUGAAGGUAAGGUUGGGAUAAAACUUUACGUUGUAGCAGAUCCAUAUUCUAGAGAUGGUUGUGAUCAAAAGUUCACUGCAUACGAGUCAACUGUUCCAGCAAAAGAGAAAUGUCUAUCACUGCCUCGAACGGGCUGUGAUAAAAAUAAUAUUCAUGACCCGAAACAUGGGAAUGGUUCAUAUGAAAAUUGCACAAUGAAUGGCGAACCUAGAACCCCAGUUAAGCAUGAAUCCUCAACAGGAGAUAAGGAGCAGCAUCCUCAUGUGCUUGAAACAACAGUUUGGUUACGCUGUGAUGUAUAUGACACAGGAAUUGGAAUACCCGAAAAUGCUUUGCCAACAUUGUUUAAGAAGUACAUGCAAGUGAGUGCAGAUCAUGCUCGAAAGUACGGUGGGACAGGACUAGGCCUGGCAAUAUGUAAACAACUGGUUGAGCUGAUGGGGGGUCAUCUCACAGUCUCUAGCCGAGUGCACUGUGGGUCUACUUUCACAUUUGUACUGCCUUACAAGGUUUCUCCCACAUAUGAUCACUCAGACGACUCUGAUGAGCUCUCAUAUAUGGCUGAUCAUGAAAAUGGAGGUGAUGCCAGCACUGAUGAUACAAAUAUUGACUAUUUCCAAUUCCAACCACGCACUUUGGGUUCUUUAUUCUCUUCUGAUGGAUCUGGCAGGACCCAAAAACAGUCAUCAAGUAAUAUUGGUUGUAAGAGCUUACAUAAACUAAAUGGUUUCUCAGAGAAUUUGCAUUCAUUCCCCUCUAAUAGUUCCGCAGCAGAAGAGGUGGCUUCAAAUAAUUCUGCCAGUUUAAUUAAAAAUUUGGGGACAUUAUCUGAGCCUAGUUGUUCUUUACCACAAUCCUCAAGACCUGACAAUGAAAUUGCGGUCAGCAAUGACAAACUCCGUCAAGAUAGAGCAAAUGGCCAAUUCCAGAAUACAACUUCAAAUUCCUCUCAUUGCUUAAAGGGAAGCAAAGAAAUGGGUGAAAUGGCAAAUAAAAAUGAAAUCCAGGAAACAUUUCAGAGGCAUAAGAAUUCUGACCGGAAUUCCCAAAGCAUUUCCGGCAGUACUCCAGAAGUGCCCAAGUCAAUAUUGAAACCUAAGAUCCUUCUUGUUGAAGAUAACAAAAUUAACGUGAUGGUAACGAAGUCAAUGAUGAAGCAGUUAGGCCACAGCAUAGAUGUUGUAAACAAUGGAGUUGAAGCUGUACGUGCAGUUCAGCACCAUAGUUAUGAUCUCAUAUUAAUGGAUGUAUGCAUGCCAGUUAUGGAUGGCCUUCAAGCUACAAGACUAAUUCGUUCUUUUGAGGAAACUAGCAAUUGGGAUGCUGCAGUGCAGGCUGGGAUCGAACAAUCUGUUCCUACUCCUGAUUCAUUACCAAAUGGUAAAGAAUCUAUGCCAUCUACAAAGCGGAUCCCUAUCAUUGCGAUGACUGCAAACGCUCUGGCAGAGAGUGCGGAUGAGUGCUUUGCAAAUGGAAUGGACUCGUUUGUAUCAAAGCCUGUCACUUUCCAAAAACUGAAAGAAUGUCUUCAACAAUAUUUAACAUAAUACAUUCUGUACAUAUACCCAUCUGUAAAAAGAAAAAAAGAAAAAAAAAACUGCAUGUUAGGAAAGUUUUGUAAUCAAUGUAUCAUGUUUUGGUAAGGCAUUGGCAUAUCCUGUGUAAGUUUGUCUAAUCAAUAUCAUAUUUUCUCUACAAAA